AUACUACAUUAUGCUAAUCGCGGCGGGGCCCCGCGCGGGGGGCGGGGGGCGGCCGCGACCCUCGCGUAUAAAGGGGCGCGCGAGGGCUGGGCGUUCCACAGGCCAAGUGCUCCGCGCUCGGUGGGUGCCAGCCUAACCAGAGCCAGCCGGCGAGCAAACGAGCAAAGACGGCCACGGAGGGGGCGCGGCCGGACGCGACGAGCGGAGCAGCCCAGGCCCCGACAGCCAGUAAUCUGGCCAUGGAGCGCCUGGUCUCCCGCCGCACCUUCCCAGCGCUGGCGCGCUCCAGCGCCUGCCGCAGCCUCUUCGGCCCCGUGGACCACGAGGAGCUGAGCCGGGAGCUGCAGCUGCGCCUGGCCGAGCUCAACGCCGAGGACCAGCGCCGCUGGGACUACAACUUCCAGCAGGACGUGCCUCUGCGCGGCCCCGGGCGCCUGCAGUGGACGGAGGUGGACAGCGACUCGGUGCCCGCCUUCUACCGCGAGACGGUGCAGGUGGGGCGCUGCCGCCUGCUCCUGGCGCCGCGGCCCCGCCCGGCCGGCGCGGACGAGAACCCGCCCCCCGCGCCGCCGGCCGCCGAGGCCCUCGACGGCCUCGCCGAGGCGCCCGUGUCGCCGUGCUGCGACGCGCCCGUGGUCCCCGUGCCCGAGGCGGCCGCGCCGCCGCCCGAGCCCGAGGAGCCGGACGUGGAGCCGCCGUCGCCGCCGAGCGCCCCGGAGCCCGCCCCGGCCGCCCCGGCCCCCGCGGCCGCCCCGGCCCCCGCGGCCGCCGCGCCCGCCCCGGCCGGCCCGUCCACCGCCGCCGCCGCGGCCCCCGCCGCGCCCGCCGCGCCCGCGGCCACCAGCGCGGCCGGCGCCGCCCCCGCCGCCGCCGCCGGCGCCGCCCCCGCCGCCGCGGGAGGCGCCGCGAUCAAGAAGCUGCCCGGGCCGCUCAUCUCCGAUUUCUUCGCCAAGCGCAAACGGCCCGCGCCCGACAACAAGUCUGCCUCCAACGAGGUGCCCGCGGGAUGCGCCGCCGCGGCCACUGCUCCCGCCGUGGGCCCGGCGGAGCAGACGCCGCGCAAGCGCCUGCGAUGAGGAGUUUGUGCCCCCUGGACGGAGCCCGGAGCCAACCUGCCGGGCAGCGCAGCGGAGAGGGAGAGAAGAGCGCGGGGCCUCGGCUGGGGCCACACACGCGGCGGGGGCCACGCGCACCGUUCUGCGUUUCCAAGUUUGCCAACUCUGCGAUGUCUCGAGAACGUCCUCUAUUAAACCGUUUUGUGCAGGAGGAGAACACUGGCCCCAAGGUGGAAAGCUUUAAAGAGUCACUUAGAUGAAAUGUGGGAUCUCUGCCUAAUCUCAGUGCAAAGAGAAAAAAAACAAAACCAACCACACACACACACACACACACACACACACACACACACACACACACACACACAUAGACCCGCAACCGUGGAAAAAAGGGAAAAAAGGAGAAAAGAGAAAACCCUGUAUAUUUGUACAAAAAAAAAAUUUAAAGUUAUACUAAGUUAUAUUUUGUAUUUAUGUGGAGGCCUGGGCCGCCAUUCCAUCGGCCCGCGCGCUCAUUGGUCAUGCCAAAGGCACCUCACCUGACCUGGCCUCCACCCUCACCAAUUGAUUGAUCGGCCCCCAGGCGUGCCCCAGCCACAGCCCCACUCGCCAUCUAGACAGGCUCCGCGCUCUAGCCCUCUCCGCCCUCCUCCUGCCACCACCAUCAUUCCACCAGUGCCAGCCCAGUCACGAUGCCCAUUCAAUGCCCAUUCGAGCCCAUUCGAUGUCCAUUCAAUGCCCAUUCGAUGCCCAUUUGAUGCCCACUCGAUUGAUGUUCAUUGAUUGUCCAUGACUUUGAUUUUGAACUUGAAGAAGACAAAUCUGUUCAGAGGGUCGGCCCUUUGGGACCACCCCAGCCCCUUUGCGGGGAUCUAAAUAAAGAGGACGAAAACGUUA